CGCAACCGUCGGACAAAGUAAAGGCAGGCAGCGAAAGCGGCAGGAACGUUCGUUUUCCCCUGGUUUUCCCCUCUCUUCCGCCACCGACGGCAUCGGAAGGCCGCUCAGCGAGUCGUCUGCUUCAGCCAGAAACAUGUCUGCUAAAGUGCGUCUGCUACUCUCCUUGCUCGCGCUCCUGGUCGGAAACGCCGUUGCGGCGCCCCUCGAUGAAUCGGAGGCCAGCCCGGUUUCCUCGAGCCAGGACCAAGCUCCAGUUCCCGAUCUGCCGACGACGGCGAGCCCUCCGUCGGCACUGUCGCCGCAAGGCACGGAACCCAAAGGAACGGGGGCUUGCGGCGGCGUCUGCAAAGAACAGUUUCCGGUUCCGGUCUGCGGGUCCGACGGCCGCAUCUACCACAGCGAAUGCGUCAUGAAGCAGAUGACCUGCAGCAGGAGGAAUCCCGUGACGGUGGUGGACUGGGAGAAGUGUCGCGGCCAGCACCCGCUCUGCCCGGACAAGUGCCUGGACAUCUACGACCCGGUCUGCGGGAGGGACGGCAAGUUCUACCCUAACCUCUGCAUCAUGCAGCGGAGGAACUGCGGAAAGCGGAUUGGCACGCAAGAUUUGGCUGUCUGCAUAGCGAAAGUGCGAGAGUCCCGGAGGCUGGACGCCUGUCCCAAGACCUGUCCGGAGAUCUACGAGCCCGUGUGCGGAUCCAACGGCGAGGUGUACCUCAACGAGUGCGUCUUCCGACAAGAAAACUGCGGGCGCAGCACGAGCCUGGUGCCUCUGGGGCGCUGCGUGUCGGCAUCCAAGUGCCCCAAGCGGUGCCUGCCCAUCCUGGACCCCGUGUGCGGCUCGGACGGUCAGCGGUACCUCAACCACUGCCGCAUGCAGGAGGCCAACUGCGGGAAGAAUGUUGUUGUCAUGCCAAAGGGCUUCUGCUCAUAAAAGUCGUCUGCUUCCUGUUGUUGAAUUCAAUAAAAGUUUGUGUACCAAA